AUGGGCUAUGUACUGGACGAUGGUUCCUUCUAUGAUGGGAUCUCCCUGGGUGCCAUCGUGGUGGAUGAUGAGACUGAAUCUGUCUUCAUCAUAUACAGCCACUGUGCCCACUAUGACGACUGUACUACCAGCACUACCUACCUAGUAGAGAGUACAGAUGAUGGGAAAACUUGGGGUGCUCCCAGGAACAUCUCUGUACAGGUUGGCACCAUGAUGUUUGCACCAGGACCAGGCUACGGGAUACAGAAGAAGUAUGAGCCCCACGUCGGUCGGUUGGUCGUGUGUGGACACAGCACGAUAAACGGGGCCGGCAUGUUCUGUCUGCUGAGUGACGACCACGGACAGAACUGGCGCUACGGAGGCAGGCUGCUAGGGAUCCCGUACAACGUGAAAAAGAAGGGCAGGGACUUCAUGCCUGAUGAGAGUCAGCCCAUAGAGCUCCCGGAUGGCACUAUAGAAGUGAACAUCAGGAAUAACCGUGGAUAUCACUGCCACUGUCGGAUGAAAGCCCGCAGCAUGGACGGCGGGGAGACCUUCCCCCUGGAGCAUGUCACGUUUGACGAGGCCUUGAUCGAGCCGGCCGUGGCAGCGGGACUGUACUACAGCAACGGAGUCAUGUACUUCAGCAACCCUGCAUCUACCAACUCAAGGACGAACAUGACUCUGCGGUGGAGCUACGACGGCGGCACGUCGUGGAAGGACGCGCUGCAGGUGUGGGCCCAGCCGUCAGGCUACUCCACAAUGACCAUGCUGAAGUCUGAACCUCAGGACAGCGAGUAUCUCUACAUGCUGUACGAGAAAGGUCCGGUCAACAAGACGGCCUACGAGAUGCUGUCCUUCACUCGCAUCAGUCUCUAUGGCUUGAACUCAUGUGGGGUCGUGUGACGUAGCGGCAGAGUGCUCAACUCGGAACCAAGAUGUCCCGGGUUCGAGUCCUGACAUGCCACCGAUCUUGUG